AUGAACCCUAAAGAUUUCUUUGAAAUUACACAUUACUCAUUAUAAGAAAUUUAGUAAAUUCCACCUUUCAAAAAUAAUCUAAGCACAUUCAAUAAAUAAACUUAUUCUAUUUCAUCAGCUUAGACUGGUAAAUCUCAUUCUUUAAGCAAAUUAAUUAAUGAACCUAUUUAUUUUAUUAAUGAUGGCCAUUUGUAUUUGGUAGGUCGAAAAGAAAUAUAAUAAGGCAAAACAUAUGUUGGAUAUUCAGUUCAAUAUUUAACCUUAAUUAAAUAUAAAGGUUUAUAUGAAAUGGAUUCCAUUACUAUUGAAGUAUAUAAUAAAUUAUAUAGUUAUUAGACAAAUCUAGAGUCUUUAAAAAAGAAUAAAACAUAUCGAUAAUUAUCAUCUACAUAUUUUGAGAGAAUAAAAGAUGGAUAAGAAUUACUAAUAUUUAAUGAAAGUAAAUUAGAAGAAUAGGAUGAAUAUUCUUUAAGUUAUGUACUAAGUUAUAAGAUUUAAAAUUCAGCAUAAUUAGUGUAAGUUAUAUUUUAUAAUAAUUGAAUAGUCAAGAAUAAAUAAAAUUGGAGAAAAAAUAACAACAUACUUUUAAAGCAUUUCAACCUUUUGAGUCUCAUUAUUCAAUGGUUAGUGAAAAUGUAUAUUAUAAUCUUUAUUUAUUAGUUUCCUGAAGUAUUUCUAGAGUAUUAAUGUUUAAAUGUAUCAUCAUAACCUUUGGAGAUGAAAAAUAUUGAAUUUAAAGUAGAAAAUAUAAUGACUAUUCAAAGAUUAGUAUCUAUUAUAAUUAAUAUAUAGAAAGAUUACUAAUUACCAGUUGUCUUAGGUUAGGAUGAAUGUUUGAAAAUAAUUUAUAGAAUUUUAAUAUAGACAUCAGAUUUGAAGGCAAUUUAUACUGUAUUGACUUAAAAGAGUAAUUGUUGAGAUUAUCUAUUAAUAUUAGAGGAUUUGACUGAGUAUGAUUUGAGGUUGGGAUAAAUUCAUUUAGAAUGGGGAACAUGUGGUAAUUAUUUUGGAACAUAAAAAACUUGUUUGGUCAGGAUUUAUCCAAUUAAUCUAAGACCUUCACAAUCAAUUUAAAUUGAAAAAGAAGUUAUAACAACUAUAGAAAUUGAUAUUGAAUUAGGAAUCCUAUUUGAUGUUCCUUAAAUUGAUUUAGCUAUUAAAUUAGAAGAAUUGGAAAUGAAAGCAAUUAAAAUUGUUGGAAUGAGUUAAAUGGUAAAAAUUUUGUUAUAUAUAAAAUAGAAAUUAAAUUAUCCUCCUGGAAUUAGAACAAGAAAAAUUAAAUUAGAUGUUGUGGGUUAUAACUGUGGUGUUCAUUAAAUUAAAGGAAUAAAGUUAUAUGAUCCAAAAACUCUGAAAAACAUUUCAUAUAAAAAUUUUCUUUCUGUUUUUGUUGUAAAUAAAUAGCAAAAUUAAAGAGCCUAAUAAUUAAAUGUUUAAGAACUAAAUUUGUUAGAUUUAGAAAUAAAUUAACCUAAAAUAAUUGUAGAAUCGAAUUUACUGGAUUUAAUUUGA